AUUUACACGUAAGCCAAUAUACUAAUACUAUCCACUAGUUCACUCUCAGUUACAACCAGAAAGGUUGGAACCCAUGGCGAGCUUCCUCAUCUCUGGCUCAGCCUCUCUUACACUCACACACACUAUCCCCGCACGAGCUUUCUUCAGACCUCCGCUCGUGCCAAACCCACUUGCAAUUCGCUUUCCCGGCGACCUAACUCGCCGGAGACCCAGAGGCUUAACGGUGGUGACACGUGCUGGUCCCAGCACGAACAGCAUCCUCUUCGCUAUCGCUAUCCCACUCUCUCUUUUGACUAUCACUUUCUUUGCUUCUAUCAAAAUCGCUGAUAAGCUCGACAGGGACUAUUUUGAGGAGCUUGCAAUUAAUCAAGCAAUUAGAGAAGCUGAGGAGUAUGAGGAUGAGGACAGGGAGGAGGAUGACGAGAACGAAGAGGAUGAGGAUAUGAACAUUUCUUUAGAAAAGAAACCUGCCCUAAAGGAAGAGGAUGAGGAUAUUAACGUUUCUUUAGAAAAGGAACGUGCCCUUCAACGCACUCGAAACCGGCCCAAAAGGGAAGUGUAGACUCUAUUUUUAGCUCCAUGUUGUGUAAUAUUGUUUCUGAAAUCAAAUAGACCAAGUGGACAAACCAAUAUCUUGUUGCUUCACGUUCUCAUUGUUUUAGUAACAGUUUUGGAAUGUACAACUAUUAGGCUUCAUCUUCCUAUAUGUGCAAUGUACUAAUCAUCAUUGGAUGAUUAGGACUACCAAGGUGAAGGAGACUCUUGUAAACAGAUGUAAACAAAAGAAAUAAAGAUAAAAACAUUAUUUUUUGU